CAAUAAAAACCAUUAGUUAUUUUUGUUGCAAUCAGUCAUCAUUGAGUACAAUAUAGGUAAAGUAAUGAAAUUAAUGGAAGGUAAAUACUACAGUGAAUAUAAGUACCUCUUAAUAAACAAUAGUAUAAAAACAUAAUUUUGUAAUAUGAAUAUAAUCACUGUGAAGAGAUAAUUUUAAUUUUAAAUUUAGAUCAAAGAAUCGUUUAAUACAGCCAGUCAUCGGAUUUAAAUUGUAAAAUGAUUGAAAUAAUUGUUUACCUAAGUGUUGUAAUUCUUGUCGUCGUGUGGUGUUACUUCAAAUGGAAUAACAGGCACUUUGAAAAAUUGGCAUCUAGAAUGCCGGGACCUCCGUCGUACCCGAUCGUUGGAAUAGGACUUAAAUUUAUUGGAUCGCCAGAACAGAUCAUGAGCAAAGUAUUUGAUCUUUUAAAAGAAUACUAUCCAGGGCCAUUUAGUUUAUGGUUAGGACCAUAUUUUGGAGUUGCCAUCGCUAAACCAGAAGACUUACAAAUUGUCUUAAAUAGUUCAAAGGCCCUUCACAAAGGCCGAAUGUACAACUUUUUCAAGAACUAUGCAGGUGAAGGUUUGUUUACUGCGCCUGUUGAUAAAUGGCGAAGACAUCGUCGCAUGAUCACUCCCGCAUUUAAUGCAAAACUUUUAGAACAGUUUUUCCCUGUGUUUAACGAAAAAAAUAAAAUUCUUAUCAGGAACGUAACUAAGGAAUUAAAUAAAACACAAACGUUCGAUCUUUGGGAAUAUAUUGCACCAGCUGCUCUUGAUACUAUUUGUCAAACUACGAUGGGUUACAAUCUUGACACUCAAUCAAACAAUAAAGAGUGUGAAUUCGGAGGAGCAAUAGUACAAGCAACAGAUUUAGACGCUAUGCGAAUUUAUAAGCCAUGGUUAUACCCGGAAAUCAUGUUUUCAAUGUAUUUAAGACUCACUGGACAGCAAAAUGUUUUCGAUACAAUGAACAAAUUUCCAUUACAAGUGAUCAAGGAAAAGAAAGUAAAAUUUGACCAGAUAAAAAAAGCUAUUAAUGCUAAAAUAGACAUAAUCGAUAGUGACAAUGAAAACCAAUCAAAACUGUUUUUGGACAUAUUGUUCAAACUGAACAUUGACGGUGGAAACUUAUCAGAGAAAGAUAUUAGGGAUGAGGUUGUAACAAUGAUGUUUGGGGGUAGUGAUACAAGUGCAAUCAUGGUCUGUUUUAGUCUUUUGAUGUUAGCCAUACAUCAAGAUAUCCAAAACAAUGUAUACGAUGAAAUUUAUGAAAUAUUUGGCAGAAGUGAUCAAGAAAUAUCUAUUGAAGACACUGUUAGACUAGUGUACUUAGAAAAAGUGAUAAAAGAAACCCUUCGAAUGUUCCCCGUGGGCCCAGUGAUACUCAGAGAACUUCAAAACGAUCUUAAAAUAUUUUCAAAUGAUUACGUACUGCCAAAAGGGACAACGUGUAUCUUAAGCCCACUAGCCACACAUCAUAACCCUGAUUUGUACCCAAAGCCUUGGAACUUCGACCCUGAAAGAUUUAGCCCAGAAAAUAUCGAAAAACGUCAUAAAUAUGCCUUUAUUCCGUUUAGUGGUGGUCCAAGGGGUUGUAUAGGAUCCAAAUAUGCCAUGUUGUCGAUGAAAGUCACUUUGUCAACAUUCUUGAGACAUUUUAGCGUACACACAGACAUAAAAUUACCAGACAUUAAGUUAAAAUUAGGUAUAUUGAUGAGAAGUGUUCACGGUUAUCCUGUUACAAUUCGAACACGAGACAGGAGACCAACAUAUUAUAAGCGAAAUCAGAAUCAGCAAGGAUAAUUCGCAACUAUUAAUUAAUAAUAAUAUUAUAACCCGUAUGUUUUUAAUAUUUUUUGUGUUUUAUAUCAGUUAUAAUCUUCAUUAUUAGUGUUUAAAUUUUGUAUAACACAUCUAAAUUAGUUACUUUAUGCUCGAUUAAAAAAAAAGUAACUUAUUAAUUAAUAACAAUUGAAAAAAUCUUGAACGCAUUUUAUUUCGAUUGUUUACUUUUGGUUGCUAUUUAUUUACAUGUUGACAUAUUUUAACUAUUUAAUACAUUUUAUUAAUCUUGGACAAUUAUAUUUUAUUCAAUUUCUAGUGACUAGUGCUUGAAUGAUGUUUGCUUAUGUAUUGAAUUCACACCUCCAAAAUAAAGUUUUAUCGAUAUAUUAUGAUUCUUGUCAUAAUAUUUUAAGAUUA